GCUAAAUUGGAAUACCAAUCUCUGAAAUUGUUAAGCAAAAGGUGUUAGCUUGAUUUAAUAAUAUCAAUAGUUAUUAUGGAAAAAUUAAACACAUCUUCAAAUGCAUCAUCAACUAGCUGGCUAUCUCAUUUUCUAUUUGAAGAAAAUGAAAUAGAGGGUUGUGAUUUGUUUCAACAAUGCGAACAAAACUUGUUUGGUGAAGAAGAGCUUAUUUCACAUGACAUAGCAAGUAUUUUUCAACAAGAGGAAAAUUUGCAACAACAACCAUUGUUACUUUUUGAAAGCUACUCUUCUUGUACUUUGGAAACAAAUUUGGAAAGAGACAACAAGAAGUUGAAAACGAACAACACUUUGCAUGAAGUUGUUCCAGUGUCACAAACACAACUACCUCAAAAUCAAAACAUUGUUGAAACUAAAAAUACACAAGGACAAGGGACUAAGAGGUCUGUUGCUCAUGAUCAUCAAGACCGUAUCAUGGCGGAGAGAAAGAGAAGAGAGAAACUCAGUCAGUGCUUAAUUACUCUAGCUGCUCUUAUUCCUGGCUUGAAGAAGAUGGACAAGGCUUCAGUCAUAGGGGAUGCUAUCAAGCAUGUAAAAGAGCUCCAAGAACGUUUGAGAGUAUUAGAAGAACAAAACAAGAAUAGUCCUAUUGAGUUUGUAGUGACGCUUAACAAACCGAAGCUAAAUUAUGAGUCAUGGAGUGAUGAUGGUUCUAAGGCUGCUAGUGCUAAUAAUGAAACUCUCCCUCAUGUGGAAGCCAAAAUUUUGGGCAAAGACGUUCUCAUAAGGAUCCAGUGCCAAAAACAAAAGAGUUUUUUGCUUAAUAUAUUGGUUGAGAUUCAACAGCUUCAUCUCUUUGUUGUUAACAAUAAUGUCCUAGCUGUUGGGGAUUCUAUCCAUGACAUAACAAUCAUUGCUCAGAUGGGAACAGGAUACAACUUGACCAAAAAUGAUCUUGUAAAAAGCGUACAGGCGGCUGUAUUGAGAUCGAUGUCGUAAUGUGAACAUGUGGUCCCACUGGUCGAUGAUAUUAUAAGAGAUAUGUAGGUCAAAAUGUUAAUGUAUUUAGUUACGGUGUUAUCUUGGUCGUAUCUCAAAAUGCAUUAGAUGAUAUGUUUUACAUUUUCUAAAGUUGACCGGUAGCUCGUCAGUGACUUAGAGCGAUAUCAUAAGAGAUAUUUAGGUCAAAAUGUUAAUGUAUCUGGUUCUCGGCUGCUUGAGGAUUGGAAUUAUAUGCGCUGUGUCUGUGUAUUUCUGUUCUGGUAGCUUGUUUUCGGCCUUUGCUAUGAGGAGAUUAAUUAUAAUCCAUUUUGUAUUCAUAUAGGGUCAUUGAAGUGAUCUUAUUGUUUGUAACAUGCGACUUGGCAUUUCUUGUACCUA